AAACAAAUAUGGAUGAUGAUCGAUGUCGUCAACUGGGUCUCCUGGCAUGCACAACACAUUAUAAAGGCACUCAUACUGUUGCUAUAGUUGUACAAGUUGACCAUUUUUGUCAAUACUCCAUUUCCAUGACAUGUUUGUGGCUGCCAUGUUUCAGCUACAAAAGAAAAUGACCUUAGAGAACUUCAGUAUCAUGUUAGUGUAGUAUUGUUACGCUAUCAAAACUUUAAAAAUGCAAUGCUUUGUGGACACCAUCACUUUUGAUCAUAAACAGAAGUAUGCACAUAGGUCAACUUCAUAAGCCUAUAAUUUUGGGGUAUAGUAAUUUCAAAAGUCAUCGCUCUUCAUACUUCUUUAAUGUAAUUAUCAUUAGUUAAUACUGUUAUCGUACAUUUGUACAGUAUUCCUAUUUAGCAAUAAAUGUAUGAUGUCACAUGCUAAACUACUCCUACCCAUUUUUCCUCAACUCUACAGGGAGAAGGGAUGAUCUGUGGACUAAAGUCCAAAGCACAAGAGAAUGAUCUACUAUAAAUAUGUCUGGUAGCUGGUAUAUUAAUGAGAGGGUGGCAGCUUUGGAGAAGGUGAACAAACAAAAAGCCAGACAACCGUUAUCAUGAUCUCCAUGCAGUCAAACUCCUCUGCAAAUGUGACCUUUGUUCGUCCUGCAACAUUUUUCAUUAAUGGCUUUUUUAAUAUUCCACAUGCAAAAUACUACUAUGUGUUCUUGUCUUUAGUGUAUGUUGUGACUGUUUUAGGGAAUUCAUUUAUCAUGUGUAUCAUAUAUUUGGCCCGCAGACUUCACACAGCCAAAUACAUUGCUGUUUUUCAUCUGGCACUUGCUGAUCUGUGUGGAAGCUCAGCUUUGAUUCCAAAACUCAUAGACAUAUUUUUAUUCAAGCACCAGGACAUUUCAUAUGACGCAUGUUUGGCAAAUAUGUUUUUUGUAUUUCAUUUCAUGAAUCUGCAGUCUUUGACACUACUUGUCUUGGCUUAUGACAGACUGGUUGCUAUUUGUUUUCCUCUACAGUAUCAUGCCAUUGUAACCAAACCAGCCAUGUUUCUGAUCAUAGGGGUGAUGUGGAUUUUUUCUGUCACUUUUAUUGCUUCAAUGGUGAUUUUGAUCACAAGACUCUCUAUUUGUAGAUCUAAUGUAGUCAAUAGUUAUUUUUGUGAUCAUGGCCCUAUUUAUAGACUGGCUUAUAAUGAUAAUACCAUUAACAUUAUCAUGGCAAAUAUUUGCUUUGGUCUCCUUGUAUGUAUGCCACUGAUAUUGAUAAUGGUUUCAUAUUUCUGCAUCGCUUUAGUUUUGCUUAAGAUUGCUCAGGGUGUUGACCGGAUCAAAGCCAUGAAAACCUGCACCUCACAUUUCAUGUUAGUGGCAAUUUUUUAUGUUCCACUUUUAGGUAUUAAUAUUGCAGCUUUAGCAACAUUUAUCCAUCCAAACGCACGGAUAAUUAACAAUUCUCUGACACAGACAAUACCACCUAUGCUGAAUCCCAUCAUAUACACUCUAAAGACAGAGGAGGUCAUGCAGUCCAUAAAAGAACUGUACAAACGCAACAAGGUGAACACUAGGCUACUACAGAGCAAAAGGUUAAAUACAAAGGGUUAUUAAAAAAAUAAGAUUCAUUUUGUUUUGUUGAACUGUAUUAAGGAAUCUGUACUUGUGUGUUGAAUAUGAAUAUCCAAUUGGUUAUACAGUCAGUUGAAAGCAUUCAACAAAUUUUUACUUAAUUUAAUAGAACUGACUGACCUGUGUGUGCAGACAUUGCAGAAAACAAUCUCACAGCCUUCUCAUAUGUGAUAAAAAUAAAUCACUUAAAAUAUU